CGCCCAGGGGCUGCCUUCGCCCGCGACGCUGGCAGGAUGCUUCGCCGAGGCUCCAGGGCCUCUGAAAGGCGAAGACACUUGAGCGACCACCUCAGCUGGCAACAAGACCUGGCGCUGAGCAGCAGCAUCUACCUCCUGCAAGAGAUGGGCCCCACUGGCUUCCUGCUGAGGGAGGAGGAGCCAGAAUACAGGGAUUUCCGAGUUUUUCUAGGAAAUCCUCAUUUUUGUGACUGUUCCAGAUUUCUGAAAGGAGGGGAGCUUUGUAAGCAUAUAUGCUGGGUCUUGUUGAAGAAAUUCAGGCUUCCAAGGAAUCAUGAAUCUGCUUUGCAGUUAGGUCUCACGGAAAGAGAAAUCAAUGACUUGCUUCGGGGGAUACACCGAAUUCAAACUCUUCAACAAAGAACGGAGGACGAAAAUGCACAUAUUGGAGAAGCUGAGUGCAUUAAACAGAAAGAAAUUGGUUCAGAUGAUAUCUGCUCUAUUUGUCAUGAAGUAUUUUUAGAGAAAAAGCUCCCUGUCACCUUUUGCAGGUUUGGCUGUGGAAAUAGUAUUCAUAUAAAAUGCGUGAAGAUCUUAGCUAAUUUUCAGAAUAUGACAUCGAACACUUCCAUGUUGAAAUGUCCUCUGUGUAGGAAAGAGUUUGCACCAUUAAAACUUAUUUUAGAGGAAUUCAAAAACUCUAGCAAACUUGUGACUGUAGCUGAGAAAGAGCGACUAGACAAACACCUUGGAAUUCCCUGUAACAACUGUAAACAAUUUCCAAUUGAGGGGAAAUGUUAUAAGUGUACCAAAUGUGUAGAAUAUCACUUAUGCCAAGAAUGUUUUGAUAGCUGCUGCCAUCCUUCUCACCCAUUUACAUUUCGUGAGAAGAGAAAUCAAAGAUGGAAAUCACUAGAAAAAAGAUCAGAUGAAAUUAUAAAAUGUAGAGAUAUUAAAGAUGAGGAAGAAGAAAACAUGCCACAUUUUCAAGAAAAGCAGGGCCAGGUUUACACACCAAAACAUGUGGUGAAGUCACUGCCUCUCUUACUGAUUACAAAGAGUAGUAAGCUGCUCGCUCCAGGCUUCCAGUGUCGACUUUGUUUGAAGGCAUUUCAUCUUGGUCAACACGCAAGAUUGCUGCCAUGUACUCACAAGUUUCAUAGGAAAUGUAUUGACAGUUGGUUAUUCCACAAGUGCAAUUCAUGCCCUGUUGAUGGACAAGUUAUAUAUAAUCCUUUAACCUGGAACAAUACAGCAGUGAAUGGACACGCACAUCAGUCUGUUUCAAACACAGACAUCACUCAUCUGUUAAAACAGGAAGAACCAGAACUUUUUAUUCCUGGUACUGGACUAGUCUUAAAACAAAAUAGACUUGGAAUUUUACCUAGUAUACCUCAAUGUAAUUCUAAAAAGUUAAACACACCUCAAAGUCCAACAGAUACCUAUCAGAAUAUAACAAUUAAUGAUCUAUUUUCUAUCAAAUUAGAUGAUUCAAAUUCAAGAAAAUUAAUCUAUGAAUAUAAAAUUUGCCAACAUUUCCCAAGGUAUCUUCAAGAUUUACCCACUGGAUCCUUUGAGAAAAUAUCAUCACAAACAUUUCUUCCUUCUAUUGAUCACAAGAAUAUUAUAUGUCCCACUGGAAUGGAAAACCCUUGUAUCAAUGAAAAAUACCACACUCAUCAAAGCCAGAAGAUGACCAAAGACUGUAAAUGUGUUAACCACAAUCUAAAGACGACUCUUGGUACUAAAAUAAGAGAGGACAGCAGGAGAUCCAAUUCUUCACUUCCAGAAGAUUUAAAUCUCAUUGUCAAUUGGGGUACAACUAAACUUAGUUUGUCUAAAAGGCAUAAUAAUUGUACGGGGAAAAUUAGACAAAAAUGUAGUCAUCUAUCAAGAAGGCCUAUAUCUUACCCUUUAAAUACAGAAAGUACUGAGCUAUCUUUAAUAUUGGAAGGAGUUCAGUUAUGA